CAGCUUCUGAUGGUGGUUGUGAGUUUGAGGCUAAAUACCAUGAGCCAGCCUCUAUCACAGCGCACUUGCUAAGGCUACGUCAUGCCCACUACAGCUUCGAUUACCUUUUCUUGAAUCUGAAGCUGUAAUUUUAACGCGCAUCUGCGUAGCAUUGAGUUUCUCUACUUUGUUUAUGAAAACCAACUUUCAUAAGAAAUUUGCUUUCAUUUCUCACUCCUCCUAAUCCCUGAACCUUUCUUCUACAACCAGCUGUUCUCCUAACUCGACUCGCCCAAACACGCACUAUCUGCUCCAUUCAACGUUGUGGCUUGUUACCAACAUCUUGGGUUUUUCAAAAAUCUUUACUCCAAGGGACUAUUAAACUUCGACUACGCCCGAACCAGUUCUUGAAAGCAGCCAUGGCUUCUUUCAUUCGUUGGUACAACGCCAGGUUGGCUGCGCGUCCACUGCUCACUCAGAGCGUUACCACUGCAUUUCUCUUUGCUACAGGCGAUGUCACAGCUCAGCAGCUCGUUGAAAAGAAAGGCGUUGAGAAGCAUGAUCUAGUCCGAACAGGUCGAAUGGCUCUCUACGGUGGCUUUGUGUUCGGUCCUGUUGCUACAACAUGGUUCGCUUUCCUCGCACGCAGGGUCAACGUGCCGGGGAACAAGAAGGCAGAGGUCCUCACUCGGGUCGCCUGCGAUCAGCUUGGUUUUGCACCUGUCAUGAUAGGUGUAUUCCUUAGCAGCAUGGCCACAAUGGAGGGGAAGAGUGCACAGGAACGAAUCGACAAGGCUUGGUGGCCAGCCCUGAAGGCCAACUGGAUGCUCUGGCCUGCCGUCCAGGUCAUCAACUUCUCCCUCAUUCCCUUGCAAUACCGUCUGUUCUUUGCCAAUAUCAUAGCGAUUGGCUGGAACUCUUACCUGAGCUGGGUCAACUCCCAGUAAGAAGCACUCCAUGCUUCGCAGAUUGCCUGCCAGUUCUUUUCACAUAGAUAUAGAAGUGUUUCUGUAUUCACGAUGGAUUGAUGUUCCUUUCGAGAAUUAUAUGAAUUUGUUUCAUGGGUCGGGGAGUACAUGGUGAUGAGGAAAGAAAAACAAGCAGCAAUCUCACAGGAUCUGUAUCAUGUUUCGAUAGACACUGAACCUCUGUAUAAUAAGCCACUCAAACCAUAUGGCCAUUUGGCUUUCAUGAUAAACAUUGGGUCUCAUUCGAGUUAUCUUACGAGCACGAGGUGGGC